AUGAAAAUGGCGAAAGUUGUUGAUGCUGACUACCACACCGCUGAAGAUAACAUAAACACUAAUAACAGUGAAGAAGCAAGAAGUGGUCAAGAUGAAGGUGAACUUAAAGUCAAGAUUAUAUGCUUGGGUGAUAGUGCUGUCGGAAAAUCAAAGUUGAUGGAAAGAUUUCUCAUUGAUGGCUACAAACCUCAUCAGUCAUCUACCUAUGCUCUCACUCUCUAUCAGUAUGACACUGAGGUUGAUGGACAAAAAGUGGCUGUAGCAGCAAACAGCUGUCAGUCACCGCCUGCAGUUCCUCGCAAUGUGGCCCUGGCCAUCGCACCUAUAACACACGACCCCACCACAGGGGCUGGGCCCCUGAGACGGUCUCUCAUCACUCGGUGUGGACUGUGCAGCGGCGACUACUGCGAACACCAACCAAUUUGCAUACGGCCAAGUUCGCCUCUCGCCAAUCCUCACAGCUACGAGAUCGCGUUUCCCAUAAGACCGACUUACCGUAAUGGCGGUGUUUCUUCCUUCGGAUCAAUUACUGCCCUGCACGCCAGACACAAACGAACCCUCUUAUGUCGAGAGCUAAGGUUAGUCUCACUUUCAUGUCCACAUGUUUAUUAUAUCAAAUACUGA